AUGGAGCCUCCUCGGAAGAAGAUCCGGCGCGUGGUGAAUAGUUGUCUUGAAUGCAGGAGACGAAAGAUUCGCUGCGACCUGAGUUCCAAUACAACAGACAAAUGCACGGCGUGUGCUGGCCGCGGUAUUGCCUGCGAGAAAUGGGAACACUCAGCAGAUGCUCCCGACACUUACAAUCUCGAACUCGGCGCAAGACUGCGCCGCGUAGAGUCUCUCCUGGAGAAAUUGACAGACGUUGAAUCCCUGAACACCAUCGAAGCUGCCUUGAAUGUCGGGGCCGGAGAUGGCUCAAUAACUGCACCUAUUGAAGGACACAAUCACCCGCCUCUUAUAUCGCUGUUCGAUAACGCAGUUUUUGGUCACCAAGAACAGUCUACGCCGUCCAGCGCGGCUGAGCGUUGCAGCCCGUCCCAAGGCUCGGGAGGCCCCCAAAAUGCGAAGCUAGAGAAGCUGCGCCUAGUGCUGAGCGCACUACUUCCCACACAGGAAGACGCAGAUCUGAUCGUCGUCUCCACGAAUGCAUGGGGCCUCGGCCACUUGGUUUAUGGCAACAGAACCACGGCAGAGGUAGAUUUUGAGAUAGCCACCUUGACAAGAGGCUCACCACUAAACAUAGCACGCGCCCUGAUGCAUUUCGCCAUUCUCAUCCAACAAAUGCCACCUGAAUUUGACUCCUCGAGACUCCAGUUCACCUCGCCCAUCGAAAUCGUGCUACAAAAGUACCUGCACUACGUAGCAGACCUCGUUACCUCGAAAGACGACUUCGCUUGUACAACGGAAGGCUGGGAAUGCCUUCUUCUCCAAAGCGUCUUCUACAUUAAUGACGGCAACCUACGCAGAGCUUGGCUGGCGGCACGUCGAGCUCUAUAUACCGCCCAAUUUUUAGGACUGCAUAAGGACUAUCUCAAGUCUACCCGGAGUGAAGACAGCGAUGGGGACAAGCAGAGAGUCAACGCCAUUAGGUGGGUGAGGACCGUCAUGCUUGAUCGCUUUCUGGCUCCUAUCCUUGGGCUUCCUUGUGGGGUCGGCAACGAUUGCUUUGGUGAAGAGGUUACAAUGGUGCCUAUCAUCAACUUCCUUGAUGUUUUUGAACGCAAAAUUUGCAUCAUUGCCGGGCUGAUUGCUGCCCGUAACCAGAAAGAGCCGGCUCCUGGUUAUACCACCACGCUGGACAUCGACGAAAAGCUCGACAAGCUCGCGAAAGAGUCGGGCGAUAUCCUGGCGAAGAUUCCAGCUAUGGAUGCCUCGCCCCAAUCCCUGGGCGAGGGAGAUCCCUUCAAAUUGGUCCUGGCUCAAAUAUGGUUCUAUCAAAUUACCAUAAUCUUGCACAUACCGUGGAUGCUGCGAGCGUUCACCGACAACAGAUUUGAGUACAGCAGAUUCGCGUGCCUGAAUGCGUCGCGAGAGCAUCUCCGCCGAUACCUUGCUCUCCGAGAUACAAACAACACUCAAAAUACGGCUCGUGUUGUUGACUUUGGUACCGUCAUUGCUGCCGCAACGCUGAUCCUGAAUCGGGUCGAAGCCGCAACACGGGAUGUCGUGACGUUUGACACGGAGAGAGACAUGAGACUGGUUUCUAGAGUCAUCGAUUCCAUGCGGAUGGUCUCCCGUUGGCCGCGAGAGUUCAUGGCGCGCCAAGGGGUCGAAGUUAUGGAAGCUCUUCUAGCAUUGAAGAACGGCCCCAGAGAUCCCAACACAAGUGACACGCUGCGAUUUACUAUACCUUUUUUUGGCCCUAUCGUCAUUUCGCGCAACCAGACCCCGGCUUGUCCCAAACCAGGCACGGUGGCGCAGGACACCUUUGACGAAGACGAUCCGAUCGACUCUCUGCUCCGGUCAAACGAGGUUCGUAGCGACCCUCAAUUCAGUGAUAUGCCCAAUGGACCUGUUCAGGGUCGCCAUUUGUCAUUUGAGCAAGCAAACAUACCUGACUCUGGAUGGAUCCCUCCUUUGCAAGCGUGGGACUUUGACACGAUUCCCCCAUGGGGCGGCUCGUUCAGCUUGUGGAAUGUCCCUGACUGGAACACCUGA